GCAAAGAAUCGAUCAUAACCUUGAUGACUCCGCAAAAGCAAUAAUCACACGCCGUAUUCCACGCAAUCUCGACGACAAUCACCAUCCAAGUCCCAAGACCAGCGCACUGACAACACAACACAAAAAAGCCCCCAAACAAAAAAAAAAAAAAGCAACCAUCCACGCCCCAAAAGGUCAAGACGCGAAGACGCUUCCCCCGAGACCGAGAGCCCUCGCCCUCGCCGUCAGCAGUCAUCACACGCGCGCGGCUACAGGUCUACUCCGGCAGCCUCUCUCCUAGCCCGUACGCCUCCUGUCUCCUCCCCCUCCCUCUAGUACACCUCGUGCUCGGUCGUCGUCGUCCCCAGUCCGCCGCCGCCGCCUGCUGCUCGCCUGGUGUCUUCGUUUCCGCCAAGAAGAAGGGAAGAAGAUCCGCAACCCACGUCGCUUCGCUUCGCUUCGCUUCCUUCCCAUCCUUGUCGGCUACUAGUAGCUCUCUCUCCCUCGUGCCGCGUGCUGCUUCGGCUACCUGGAGUAGGGAGGAGGGAGUAAUGGCGUCCGCCGCCGCCGCGCCGCGACCCCCGGCCCCGGCUCCGGCACCUCCGCCGCCGCCGCCACCUCCCCCGCCUGCGUCCGCGGUGCAGUGGCUGGGCCCGCGGGUGUCGUUCAGCAUCGACGACGCGGGAGGAGGAGGAGGCGGCGGAAGGGAGGCUACGGCGGCGGGAGGCAAGUCCGGACCCUGCGCCGGCGCUGGCGCCGACUUCGAGUUCCUACUCGGCGGGUGCGCCGCCGCGUGCUCCAUGCUCCCCGCCGACGAGCUCUUCUCCGGAGGCAAGCUUGUCCCGCUCCGCAUCCCAGCGCCCGCGGACGAGACGGGUGCGCCCGGGGUGGAGGAGGUGACGGCGCAGUCGACGCUGCUGCUGCUGCCGAAGCAGGAGCAGCAGCCUCCGGCGCCGCCGCCGCCGCAGCAACAGCCAGAGACGCCGCGGGCGGUAGCGACGGCGGCAGCGAAGGGCGCCGCGGAACCCAAGAUCCCCGCGAGGAGGUGGCGGGAUCUCCUGCGUCUUCGGAAGCAGCAGCAGGCGUCCUCGGGGUCGGGGACAGCCGCGGCAGAGCCGAGGCCGCUGCGCCGGCUCCUCCGCCGGGGUUCGAAGUCGCCCGAGCCGGAGCCGUCGCUCAGCCUGCCUCUGCUCCGUGAGCCCGGCCCCGAGGAGCCCGACACCACCAAGUCUGCGCCCGCGCCGACACCGGCACCGGCACCGGCACCGGCACCACCGUCGUCAUCGUCGUCGCAGCAGCAGAGCCAGCUGCCUCCGAAGAUCCGUCUGUCCCCAUCCGCGUCGCAGCAGCAGACGUCAUCGUCGUCGACGACAUUUCAGGUGCAAUCCCAUUCCCAGUCCCAGUCAUCCCCACCACCACCUCCGCCUCCGCCGCCUCCCCCUCCCUCGGCGGUGGCAGCGGACAGCCCGCGCCUGAACGCGGCGGGGAAGGUGGUGUUCAACGGCCUGGGUCGGAGCUCCAGCAGCCCGAGCAGCCUUGCCGGCGGUCGGCGCCACCGCAACGCGGGUCCAGGCUGCGGCAUGGAGCGGUCGUACUCGGCGCACGUCCGCGUGGCGCCGGUCCUCAACGUGCCCGUCUGCUCGCUCCGCGGCUCCCGCAAGUCGGUCUCCGUCUUCGGCAUCGACCGCCUCUUCUCCCCGUCAAACGCCGGCUCCACCUCCUCCUCCUCCGCCGCCGGUGCGGCCAGGAAGAACAAGGACGCCAAGAAGGACGCACCCCCCGCCGCCGCCGCCGCCGGAGGGCAGUAACCCGUCGGUCGCUGCCGCCACUAGUGAGUAAUGUAACGAGUUGAGGUCUUGGUUUUGCUUGGAACAAUGCAAUGCAAUGCUCGUGGUUAGGCAGUUAAUUAAUUACCACGGCUAGGCGACGGUUAAUCGUCUCUACCGGUUGAUUUGGCAUGUACUCCCUUGAAAGAAUCAAUUCCUAGGAUCCGUGCCAGUCAAACUUUUUAAAGUUUGACUAACUUUAUAGAAAAAA